GGGCAUCACAAAGACAGCAACAAACCUACUGUGAGCUUAACUUUAAAAGUCUCUUUGAUGUGGACAGUUGGGGCCAUGCAUCAGAUUACUUCAAAUAUUGCAUGCACCCAUUUUGGCUCUACAAAUGUGAAUGUCCGGAGUGUGGAGGAUGGCAAUAAUUCACAGUAUGCAGACCGGGCAAACUGUGGCAGACUCCGUUCCCGAUCUCUUUACGAUUCUGAGGAGACAAAACACACAACGGGAGAGACUGACAAGGACAGAUAAGGCCACAUAAGACCUCGUUCAAAAUCAUUCUAUGUUUGUGACACUGAUGAUGCAGGAAUGGGUCAUUUUAGCAGAUGCAAUCCUAUCAGACCAAGAGCAAGAUCACUACACAGUGAGGAUGGGAAAAGAAACACUGGUGGGACAAGUAUCACCGCAAAGCCUCCAAUCAAAAGACCUAAAGGAAACUCAAGCAAAUGGGCCAGCAAGAAUCGUAUAGGAAAUAAAGGAAAUUUAAGGGGUCUUCCCAUGAUGACCAUUUCUGAGGUGGAUAAUUGGGAGAUAAGCUCUUUUCCUGGGAUGAAAUACGGUCAGUAUGUAGACUGGGAAAAGAUUGCCCCAGAAGCUGCCACCCGCUAUCGAAAGAUCCUUUCAAGUGAUCAUUAUGAGCUCAAAGCAAUGGGCCGUACAGGAUUCUGGUCCAUGCCUCAUACUCUCAGAGCCAAGACUUACCAGCACAUCAUCCACAGCAUCGAGAGCACAUCCACCGCCGCUGAUCUGGACACUUACCACGGCUUAGUUAGGAAGCUUUUUGGAGAAUUGCAACCAAGUACACACCCUUUCCCAAAGUUUAUGGAGGAUGGGGAAAUUCCCAGAUACUGCUUAAACAAAGCAGGUCUGAAUUCAGUGAAAAAAAUUCUCAUUUGUAUAGACCACAAUUUUCCUGAUCUGGUGUCUCUUCUCUUGCACUUCAGUGAGGAUGAAGCCCAUUGUUUCCACAGUAUUUGUUCCCUGGUGACCUACACAGACCCUAAAAAGCGUUACAUUGACCGGACGUUCCUCACUUCACGUGCCUCAUGCAUGACCUUUGGUGACCUUGCCAAUAAAUACUGCCGGGGAAUCCGGAAGCUUAUAGCCAGCUCUCGCCAGAACCUGUUUGAAUUCUACUCUGACUGGAUCCUGUGGAUCUUGGCCGAUCUGCCUUUCAGAUAUGCUAUCAGAGUGCUAGAUGUCUAUCUAAUGGAGGGUUACAAAGUUUUAUACCGUGUAGCUCUUGCUCUACUCAGCUUUUACAAGGUUUCUGUGUCUUCAAGAGUGGCCCACGUCGAUGACUUCAGACAGGACAUGAAGAGUUUUGUGCAGAAUGUGGGACGGCACAGUACUAUUGACGCUCUGCUUCAGAGGGCUUUUAGUAUACAGCUGCCCACACAUAAAGAACUGACUUUUCUCUUCAAUGCCAACAAGAACGCACUAAUUCAUAAGAACAUCCACAAUAAGAGCUCAUACCAAGCUAUGGAUUUCCAGGCCUUCAGAUCCUCUGUAGUAACUGAAAAAGAGAUGAGGGUGGUCUGGGCCUGGAUUCCAGAGCGAUUUGCUCUGUUCAGUCCUGUGCAGCUCUUCAGUACAAAUAUUCAUGGCAGAAGUCUCUUCUCGUUUUAUUCCAGAGUUGAGGGACAUGAUCCAACUGUUUUACUCUUGAAAACUGAAGAUGAGGAGAUUUGUGGGGCUUUCUUGUCUUCUGACUGGGCCCAGAAGAAUUGUGAUGAAAAGGGAUUUAAGUUCUUUGGCACAAGAGAGUGUUUUGUUUUCACUCUAAGACCAGGAAUGGAACGGUUCCAGCGUACAGUGCUGCAGAUCUCUGGGAUGUCUGACAAAUGUGAUUCCUCUCAUCAGAAACAAACUCUCUCCAUUAGCUCUCUGCUAAGCACUCAUGUGGAAAGACCCAUUGGAGCCUCUCAGAACCAAAGAUAUGAGUCUGCAUCAUUCUGCACAAUGUCAACCUUCAACAUCAUGGCAGGAAAUGAUGAGACACUUUUUACUGGUGGUGAUGAUGGCCACGUGCUGCACCUGCAGGUAGAUCUGACAGCUGGAUCUUCUGAACACUGUGAUACGUUUGAGAGUCCACCUCUCUGCAGGGGAUGCUUCAAGAUCCAGUCUCUAGAGGUGUGGGGUAUCCAGCACCCUUUGUCUGUUCCACCACUGCUAUCACAGUGAAGACUGUGGAGAACAACUGUUGUUUGCCCACACAUCAGAGGUCACACUUCCAAUUGUCCUCAUACUUUGAGACAAAGCUAAGGCCAUUAAACCUUUUUUAUUUAUUAUUUUUAUUUUUUGACUGCAGUGUAUUGUGCAGCGUGUGUAAGUAGCCUACAUGUGUAUUGUGCUAUUGCUGUAUGAAAAAUACAAUUAUAUAUAUUCACAAUAUUAUUUAUUUACAUUUUAAAAUAGUUGUUUUAUUAUAUGACUUGUUAAAUUAUUUUAAUAUUGUGGUCCUGUUGUUCACUGUAUUCCUGGAAUAACUAAAGUUUGUAAAGACUUGUGAAUAUAGAAGUUGUAAAGUAUUAAGUUUGUAUUGAAUAUUAAUAAACAACAUAAAAAAUUUAAUUACAUCAAAUAGAGCU